AUGGUUCUUCCUAGGAGACCUCCGGCAGCAGAUGACGAUCAGACAGAUCCUACAUUAGCUACUUUGUUAAGAUCUCGGAAUACUGUUGGGGCCACUUCCAGUCAGCCUGAUCCUAUAGUUACUGCUUUGGCUGGUGUGCAGCAGGAGCUGGCUACUAGUAGGCAGGCUAAUGGAACUCUUAUGAAAACAAAUCAAGAUAUAAUUGCUGCCAAUCAAAUUUUGAUGUACCAGAUGAUGGCUGAGUUGAGAGCCAUGAGAGAUGAGCACAGAGAUGGAGAGGGUGAGGCUAGUCAUCAUGGAGGUGCUACUAUUCAUACUGAGCUGCAAUCUGUUCACACGGUUGCAAUGGAUAAUGUUGAGGCUAGAGAGAAAAGAUUAAAUGCUUUCAGGAAACAUCAGCCACCUACUUUUGAGGGUGGUUAUGACCCUAUUGUUGCUGCUACAUGGUUGCAAGAUCUAGAGAGGAUUUUUAGGGUGAUGGAAUGUCCAGAUAAUCAGAGACUAUUGUAUGCUACUUAUAUGCUGAAAGGUGAUGCUAGUGAUUGGUGGCUAAAUACUUCUCGCCCAUUGGAACUGCAGGGUCAUGCUAUUACAUGGCCUUUGUUUGAGAGGCACUUUCUUGACAAGUACUUUCCCCGUGAUGCUAGGGAAAGGAAGGAAGGUGAAUAUAAUGCUCUUGUGCAGGGUGAUAUGUCUGUUGAUGAAUAUCUGGCCAAAUUCAAUCAGUUGGCUAAGUAUGCUCACUUCAGGAGAGCUAUGCCAGAUUCAGAGUCUUUAGCAGCAAAAUUUCAGAGAGGAUUAAAUGAUAGAAUUGCAGUAAGUCUUGCAGGUUGUGGUUCCAGAGAUUUUUCCACCCUGAUUAAUCAAUGCAGGGCUGUUGAGGAUAUCCAUGGGAGGCAAAAGAACAGAAAUUCUAAAGAGUCUGAUUCCAAGAAGUCCAGUAGUUCAAAUUACUGGAAGAACAAGAAAUAUGAUGAUAAAGAUAAGAAUUUACAGGUGAAGCAAUCAGGUAAUAAAUUCAAGAAAAUUGGUUCUUUUGAGAGACCACUGAUCCCUAAGUGUAUUGGUUGUGGUAAGGAGCAUAGAGGACCGUGUGCCACGGGCCAGGUGAUUUGUUAUAAAUGUGGCAAGACUGGCCACUACUCUAGAGACUGUCCUCGGAGAGAUGUCAGGGUUGCACCUCUUCAGAUGGUUCCUACUCCAGCUGACUCUGAGUCUCAGACUGUGGGACGAGUUUAUGCUAUCACUCAGCAGCAGGCGGAGAAAGGGCCUAAUUUGGUAAAAGGUACGAUCUAUAUUAAUGGUUAUGAUAUAGAUGUGUUGUUUGAUACAGGGGCUACUCAUUCUUGCAUGUCCGAUUUUAUGGCUGUGGGCUUGAAUUUGCCAAUGUAUGAAAUGUCUCCUCCUAUGAAAGUGACUACAGCUACAGGGGAAAAAUGUAGUACUUCCUGUAUGUGCAAGGAUGUUGAAUUCAAGUAUGAAGGUCGAGACUAUAUAAUUGACUUCAUCUGUCUACCCAUGGUUAGUCUUCAAGUCAUCUUGGGUAUGGACUGGCUUUCUAAAAACUGUGCAGUGAUUGACUGCUGUGGUAAGAAACUAGUGAUGUUAUCUGAGGAGUCUGCUACUAGCUCCUCUCCUUGUAUAUCAAUACAUCAGGCUAGACGAGUCUUAGAGGAGGGAGCAUUAGGCUAUAUAUGGUUGGGAAGAUUAGUGAGCAGUAGUACUCAAGAUAAGAUUGCUGAUAUCCCAAUUGUAAAUGAAUUCAUGGAUGUAUUUCCGGAUGAGAUUCCAAAUCUUCCACCAGAGAGAGAAAUAGAGUUCUCUAUUGAAUUGUUGCCUGGUGUGGGGCCCAUUUCUAUGGCUCCAUAUCGGAUGUCUCCUCUGGAAUUGGCUGAAUUGAAGAAACAGAUUGAGGACUUGUUGGCUAAGCAGUUCAUCCAACCUAGUGUGUCCCCGUGGGGAGCACCAGUAUUAUUUGUCAAGAAGAAGGAUGGAACCUUGAGACUUGUGACUGGCUACAGACAAUUAAAUAAAGUGACUAUUCGGGUUAAGUCGGAUGAUAUUCCGAAGACUGCAUUCAGGUCUAGAUACGGACAUUAUGAGUACCAGGUAAUUCCUUUUGGUCUCACUAAUGCUCCGACAAUGUUUAUGAACUAUAUGAACCAUUUGUUCAAGCCAUAUCUGGAUCAAUUUGUGGUUGUGUUCAUAGAUGAUAUUUUGAUCUAUUCUAAGAAUAUCAAUGAGCAUGCGGACCAUCUUAGGAUUGUUCUACAAGUAUUGAAGGAUAAUCAAUUGUAUGCCAAGUUUUCCAAGUGUGAGUUCUGGUUGUCAAAGGUUCAAUUUUUGGGCCAUGUCAUAUCUGCUGAUGGAGUGGCAGUGGACCCUAGUAAAAUAGAGGUCGUGAUGGAUUGGGAAAGGCCUAAGACUGUUUCCGAAGUCCGAAGUUUUCUGGGAUUAGCCGGUUAUUAUCGAAGAUUUAUUAAGGGGUUUUCUACAAUGGUUUUACCAUUGACCUGCUUGACUAGAAAGGAGAUCCCAUUCGUGUGGACUCAGGAGUGCGAAGAUUGUUUUCAUGCACUAAAAGAAAAGUUGACGACUGCUCCAAUAUUGACCCUUCCCGAUCCUGAGCGUACCUUCGAGGUCUAUUGUGAUGCCUCAGGGAAAGGUUUGGGAUGUGUUCUAAUGCAAGAUAGGAGAGUUGUUGCAUAUGCUUCUAGGCAGUUGAAACCGCAUGAGGAGAAUUACCCUACGCAUGAUUUAGAGCUAGCAGCUAUAGUGUUUGCCCUGAAAAUAUGGCGACACUUUCUAUAUGGUGCUAAUUUCUUAGUGUAUAGCGAUCACAAAAGUCUGAAGUAUCUGUUUGACCAGAAAGAGUUGAACAUGAGGCAAAAGAGAUGGAUGGAUGUAACAUCCCACGUAAUUAAGGAAUAUAUAUACAUUAUUAAAAGGCAUAACCAUGCAUGA